GUGAUAACGGAAUUGAAUGCAUUCGAUUGUGUACUGUGCAGUUGUAGUUGUGUAAUAUUGUGUGCACUGUGCAUGUAGCAUAUUACAGUAAUAGUAUAAUAACACGACACCCCCGCGUCACACCUGUCCGUUGUGGUACUCUCGUUGUUUAAUUUAAUCGUCCCGUUUGUCGUUAACGGAUAGUGUAUGUGCGUUGAUUAAUAGUUUUUUGAUUAGUAUUCGCCAUCGUUUGUUGUCCGUCGUCGUGUCCUGCGCGCGUCUCUUUCCGUCCGAAAGCUGAAUCGCAUGGCCAACUAUAAGUCUCCGAGUGUUGGGCGAAAUGGACGCUGUCGUUAGGUUCACGGCCCCCGGUGCCUGCCGACCAACCGUUUUCGGCGUUUCUCUGUGAGUUCCACCCGCAUUAUCCCGUCGCUUCGACAUGAUGUCGUAUGGACCGCGUCUUGCGGCACCGCCGUUAAUGGCAGCAACGAUGUUGUUGAUUAUGGUUAAAUGUUCGGUUUCGUUUACCCACUCGUCGAGGCAACAGAUCCAAGACGGUUCGAUCAGCGACGACGCUACCGGUCACCACGGCCGGUGUGAGCCCAUCACCAUACCGUUUUGCAUGGGCAUAGCGUACAAUGAAACAAUCAUGCCCAACAUAUUGGGCCAAAUGCGUCAAGACGAAGCGGGCUUUGAAGUGCAACAGUACUAUCCGCUGGUGAAAAUCCAGUGUUCGCAUGAUCUGCAAUUCUUUUUGUGCAGCGUUUUCGCUCCUGUGUGCACUAUAAUCGAGAAACCUAUUCCACCCUGUCGGUCACUGUGCGUGUCGGCACGCAAUGGCUGUGAGGCAAUCAUGAACCGUUUUCAAAUUGAAUGGCCCGAUAAUCUGGAAUGUAAUCAGUUCCCUGAAAAUGGUCAACUCUGCGUCGGUGAGAAUAAUGUAACAAACCCUUCUCCAACACCACAGACUGGUUUAAUAGAACAAAACGGAAAAGAAUUAACAGCACCUGGAUCUAGACACUUUUCAGGAGACCAAGGAUAUUCAAAUAAUCCUAACAGCUUUGAUAUUGGAUUUGUUUGCCCACAACAAUUUCGAAUCGAGUCUAAUAGUAACAAAAAAAGAUCUGACAGGAGCAAUCAAGUUUAUACAUUAAAAGUUGGCAAUAAAAAUGUAAAAGAUUGUGGAGUACCGUGUGAUGCAUUCUGGAGUCUAGAUCAAAUGCACAAAGCCAGAUCAUGGGUGGCUUUGUGGUCCGUGUUGUGUGCUAUAUCCUGUUUGUUUACAUCAUUAACAUUUGCCAUUGAUACACACCGUUUUCGAUAUCCAGAACGACCAAUAAUAUUCUUGUCUUUAUGUUAUCUGAUGGUUUCCAUAUCUUAUCUGAUUGGAUAUUUAUCGGGAAAUAACAUUGCGUGCAACAAGCAAAAUUUGAUCACUCAAGGUACAGACGAUAAUGAAUGGUGUACUGUACUAUUUAUGGUGUCGUAUUUCUUUAGUACCGCAUCUUCUGUAUGGUGGGUUGUGUUGACUUUGACUUGGUUCCUUGCUGCGGGACUUAAAUGGGGACAUGAAGCUAUUGAAGCAAAUUCUCAUUAUUUCCAUUUGGCGGCAUGGACGGUUCCUGCUGCUAAAACAAUUACAGUAUUAGCUAUGGGAAAAAUUGAGGGUGAUGUCUUAACUGGCAUCUGUUCAAUGGCUGUUUGGAGUGAUGAUACGGCUGUGAGAAACAUGGUGCUCAUUCCUUUAGUAGUUUACCUGAUUUUAGGUACAGCAUUUUGGAUGGCUGGAUUUGUUUCUUUAUGCCGCAUUCGAAAAGUAAUGAAACACGAUGGUACUCGAGGUACUGACAAAUUGGAAAAAUUGAUGAUACGUAUUGGCGUCUUUAGUGUUUUAUACACAGUACCUGCUGUGGCUCAAAUCUUAUGUUUAGUUUAUGAACAUGUCAAUCUCAGUUCAUGGAUUAUUAGUUGGCAUUCUACUCUUUGUCAAGAUCCAAAGUAUGCUCUGCCAUGUCCUUCUCAACCUAAUGACACAGGAAGAAAACCUAGCUUUGAGGUGUUUAUAGCUAAAUAUUUUGUUUCAUUAUUAGUUGGUCUUACAUCGAGUGUUUGGAUUUGGUCUGGUAAAACUGUGAAUAGUUGGCAAAAAUUCUUGGCACGAAUUCGACCUAAUUCAGGUAAAUCUGAAGCAUAUGUUUAAUUAAAUUUAAAGUUUGGUUUAUUAAUGUAUCGACAUAUUUGUUUUUUAAUUUAGAUUUCUUACAGACUAAUAUAUUUUAUACUAUUCACAGGACGUAUAUUAAUUAGGGAUGAUUUGACACCACUUUUUGUUUAUCUAAUUAACUAUUAUAUUGGUAUUAAGUCCAAUAUUCUAUGUACAUAUUAACAUUGAUUAUAAAUACUGUAGACUGCUCACUGGACGGUUUUUCAGCGGCAUGAAAUAUUUACUGCCGCUAGAUGGCGAGAUAAAAAACUAUUAUCGAUUACAAUGGUACUGU